CUUCAAAUGAAAUCAACACGAUUUCAUUGAUCCGAAGUGAUUGUAAAUUAUGCGAUGGCGAUAAAAACUUUAUUGGUAUUUUUUAUUCUAACUUUAUUUUAUUCAUUUGUCAUCAAUGACACAAGUGAAACAAAUGAAUUUGUAUCGCCUGUAUUAAAAACUAGGCGUCCGUUUAAUCGUUUCUCAUUUAGCGGCAAAUCUUACUACGUCAACAACGUGGUUAAGGGAAAUUUUUUUCUGGCUUGGCAAUUUUGUAGACAGCAAGAUAUGCACGUGUUAAGUAUAAAGAGUCAGGAAGAAUCAGAUAAGAUUGCAGCGUUCCUUAGGAAUAAUGAUUUGAACAAGGAUCGCUAUUGGACAUCAGGCACCAAUCUUGGUGAUGAAAAUGCUCCCUGGAUGUGGCUAUCAACGGGAAAAAAAUUAUCGUACACAAAUUGGGACUCACGUCAACCUAAUAAUUUAAAUGAAACUGAGAAUUGCAUAGAAGCUCGAUUUUCGGAAAACAACGAUUUCAAAUGGAACGAUGAAGACUGUUGGACUGAACUAUAUGUCAUUUGUGAAAGUGUACCAGAUUGUAAAACAUAGAUUUUUUUAAAAAUUUGUGAUUGUUUUUUUUAUUACAUACCUUUUAAAAAAAAAUCCUUUAAUGUAUGAUAUACUUAAGAGUUUUGUUUUUAUAUUUGUAUUUUAAGAUGUCUCGUUAAUUUGUAAUAUAAUUCGUUUUUUG